AAGGAAAGAAAAGAGAAUAUGGGGCACAUUGUACACCAAUUCAAGGCUCUGUUUUGGAAAAAUUGGCUCUGCCGUGUGAGGCAACCGGUCCUAUCUCUCGCUGAAAUACUGUGGCCAUGUGUGCUGUUCUUGAUUCUAGCUGCAAUCCGCUUCCAGGAGCCCCCAAAAUACAAGGAAAACUGUUACUUAGAAGCUCGUGAUUUACCAGGUCGGGGCCUUUAUCCUUUCAUGCGAACCCUUUUCUGUAAUGUUGGUUCAAGAUGCAAGAACACUAGUUACACAGCACAGGAAAACAACCACUUUCGCACUCAAAGUGGUCCAGAGAAAGUCACCGGACCUGAUCUAGACUUCAUGAGAGAGAUAGAAGAACUUGCAAAGGAAUUUAUUGAUACUACAGAGAAAGCCAUGGCUUUAGAAAAACUGUGGGAAGAAAACUCAAGGUUUUCAGGGCUCCAUAACAUCACCACUUUUCUUUCUAUGGAUUUGAAUGAAGCAGAGAAAAUGAUUUCUAGAGCAGAAAAUCUGUACAAACAGCCAUAUUUCUGGAACUUUCUGCAUUCACUCCCUCGUCUUGAACUGAACAGCUUUUUUACAGAAGAUGAGUUAGCUUCCAUAGCAGAGUUUCUAAAGAUUAUUCAAAAUACCUUAGCAUCAUUGAAGGAUUUAGCUAUGAUGCCGUUAGGCCAAAAUUUCUAUGAAGUGGUGAAAAUAGCACUGAAUUUAACUGUUGCAUCAGUACAAGAUAGGAGCUUAGAAGGUUUUCAAUACAAUCUUUCUUUUGGAGAUGUUUUGUGGAAUCCACUUGCGGUGAAAGCAGAACUUGAAUCCAGGUUUGGUUUUGACGGUCCUCAUGUUGAGAAGCUGCUAAGUUAUACAGCACAAUUAACAAAGAUUCCCACAGGAGAGACACUGGAGCAGUUUGUAUGCUCUGCUCUGUCCAGUGUGCCAGAAGAUGAAGCAAACAAAGAGAAUAAUGGACAGGGCUGCAUUUCUGCACGGCAUGAGGCCAAACUGUAUCUUGUUCACGCUGUCAGCAAGCUCAGACUUUAUACACAGAUAAUUGAGCAAUGGCUUAGCAGCAGCAGUCUCCCUCAGAAUCUCCUUUUGGAACUUAGAAGACUCAUAGCUGAUUUAGUAUCUCAGUUUCUAGAUGAAAGGGAAGCCAGGAAACUUUUUUCAGUCAUAAAUACCCUGAUCCAGCAAUGGAAUGAGAAAUCAGAUGCCUACUUUUCAGAAGGAUAUACUGCAUCUCAUGAUUGGACUUUGACAUCUUUCAAAGAGUUUUUGAAGAGAGAAGAAAACUUAAGGAUUUCUGGUGAAAAGGAAACAGAUCAUCUUUUUCAUCUUGUAGAAGCCAUAGAAGAAAUUAUAAUGUUUGAUUCCUCAGCUUCUUCAAACCAGUCUCUAAUUGAAAACGCCUUGAAUAAUAUAAUAAUAUGGAUGAAAAAUUUUGCUCAGGGGGAGGAAUCUGUCACCAAUUUCUCACUUGCAGUUGCUGAACUCCAUAAUGAGCUACAAAAAGAAUUCCAGCCUCUUCAGAGGUUCUGGUCAAAAAAGAAGACAGAAGUUUUAUGGCAUAUAGUUGAAAUUUUCUUCUCUGAACUUGGUUCUAGUCUUUCUCAUAUGAGUCAAGUGGAAGAGGAGGAGGUAAUUGAGAACUUAUCUAGAAUUAUAUCUUCCAUUGCAGAAAAUAAAAUCCAUAGUAGAAGUAUGGUGUUGCUACAAAAUGUCCUGACUGACUGGUCAGAGUUAAAUGUUACUACUUUGAACCAUUUAAAACAUUUAAGUGAAAACUUCCUAAGAAAUCUCUAUGAAGUUGGAUCAUUGUCUAGUGAUCAUGUCAAUGUGUCUUUCACCACAGUUCCUGGAUUGAGUAAUACCUCCUCUUUAUUUCUCUCAAAUGCAACUUUUAUGUCUAAGAUACAAGAAUUAGGAGAUAUUGUGCAUGAUUUCCUCAAAAACGUCCAGAAGUUAAACAAUACUAAUGUGGCCUCACUUGUUCCAAUAAUUUUCUCUCUGUAUCAGAAUGAUGAACUGGUCUUAAAUAUUCAUAACAAUAGCACUCUGUUAACAUUUCUUUAUGAGACUUCAAAAAAUAUGUUAUCUUUUCAAGUAUGGCAUGAUUUCCAAAAUAAGGAUCUAGUUUUUGAUUUUCUGUCUGAAACUUUUGACCUUCUCUGGAACCUCACCAGUAAGUCUCUGUGUGAAAAGUUACUAUUAUUUUACAACUACACAGAGUUUCAGGCCCAGUUUGUUGCACAGAAUGGAAAAAAAGAGAUGCGAGUGGUCUAUGGCACUCUGAGCAGCCUUAAAAUUUUAUUUAUAGAUGAAGAGCUCCGAACAGCGGCCUUUUGUUAUUUGGCUGAGUUUCUUGAUAUCUCUCAAGAAUGCCUGGUCAAUAAUGGGUGCACUGAUUUUUAUCUAGCAAAUAUUACUUCUGCAGAUCAUUCAGCAGAGGUUUAUGACUUACUUCUGCUUCCAUUGGACAGUGUCCUGUCUAAUCUAACAAACUUGGGAGAUAACAUAAGUGUGCUAUCUGCUUUGCACUGCACUUUUACAUGGCUUCAAAUGUGGACAGAGAUUUUUGAAGAAGCAUCUAAAAUCUUAAAUUUGAAUUCAACCUUUUUUGUGUGUCUAAGAAAUGAUUUGGCAAAUCUCUCCCAAAGUCUUCUAAAUGCAACUCAUGACCAGCUAUGCAAUAAUACAGCUAUAGAUAUUCUUGAGUCUACAAGAGAAGCAAUGAAGAUAUUAAAAGUUGUAUUUCAAGAAGGUGGUAAUUUAAAUGACUGGAAAGAUUUUGAGGCUUUCCUUGCUAGUCUUCAAAAUGUAUUUAACAAUGCAUUUGAUGUCACAAGCUUGCUUAAAGGCAACAGUUUAGAAAGUGUUUUAGAAAUGAUGGGAGUCGUGAUAACUGAAUUGCAGAAAUCUAUACUGAAGGUUGUUAAUGGAGAGUUUUUGAAUUCUUGGCUUGAUAUUUUUAUCUCAGGAGAAUCUGAGGGUGAAGAUAAGGGUGUGGGUGUAUUUUCCAUUGGAAAUUCCCUUUCUACUAUUCUCAAGCUCUCACAAAAGGAACUUGAAAUUAUUCUUACUGAGAUAAAUGACACAACUGCUUUUUUAAAAAGUGUACCUCGAGACAAAUAUAUAGUUUGUAUCAGCAUUUUCCAGAAUAUUACCAAACUAAUUUUGAACAGUGGUCUGAAAAACCAUUUAUCAGUGGAACUUUUGUCAGAAAUUCAAACUCUUCUGAAAAAUAGAACUUCUGAAGUUCAAGAAAACAACUUCUCUCAUUCAGACAUUGAGAUUGAACCUUUCUUACAUGAGAAAAAUAUCAAUUUGGUGAUGGAGUUCUUUCAAAAUGUGAUUAGAAAACUUGACUCAAACUUGCAGAGUGAACACAAAACAUUUCCGCAGAAACUGGUAGAAACAGCAGCUCUAAAUAUUGAACUGGUAAGAAAGGCACUUAAAAUUUUCAAGUCUCUCACUUUUACUGACUUUCCAUUAAGAGAUGAAAAGGACUUUCUAAAGCAUAUGGUAGCCUUGGUGCAAAACAUGAGAAACAUGGAUGUUGAGUUCCUGACAAGUAGAUUCAAACAAGUCCAGAGGAAUAUAGAUAGUUUCUUUAAAAAUAUCAAACCUUUUUAUAUUGAGAACUCUGAGUUAGGAACUUUAACAGACUGGUGGGAUGCAUUUGAGAACAUUUCCUGUCAUUUGAACCUGACUGGCUUAUGGCAAAUAACACAAUUUUUUGAACAGGAUGAGCUCUAUGAUGUAGAAGAUGUGUUCAACCUCUUCUUUGAUGUCAUCAGCCUUAUGGAAAGAUUAGCCCAUGGAAACACUACAGAAGCACUACCUGAAAUAUAUGCUUUCAUACUGACUCAGGAAGAAAAAAUGCCAAUGUUUACUGAUGAGGAGUUCUCUAAUCAAGUAGAAGGUCUUCUAAUGUUAUUGGAGUCACUGGCAGACAUAUCUGAUAAACCUGCAGAGGUCUCUGACUGUUUUUCUGCAGCAUUCUGCUGGACUCUGACAACAGCAGCACCUCAGAAUGAUCCCACUGUCAAACCUUGUGACUUUGUGCAUAGCAAUUCUUCUCUUAGUUAUAAUGCAGUCAUUGAAGUCAUUAAGGAGCUUAAACUCAUCACUCUGGAGGACAGUUUCUCUUGCUCUAGGGAAGACUUUCUGAUGGAUAUUUCUCUCAAUCUGACUUGCUUUUUUCAUCAGAUCAAAGAAUGGAACUCUAUUCUUUUGAAGUUUUCUGAGGUCCAUCAUUUAAAUGGCUCAGUUCUCAAAGAGCUGCUAGAUUUUUGGAACGAGCUAUCCCUUUAUGCUGUGCCACUGCAUGUGAAUAAUACAUAUACAAUCAAUUGUUCCUCCACACCAAAGAGCCAAGUAGCUUUACAAAUCAUUGAAAUACUGGGCAGUGUUUCAGUGGUAGAAAUGGAGAUGGCCAAAGAUCUUCUGGAACAUCUUUAUGGUGGCCUAAGUUGGAACAGACAUUCAAGAACAUCACUUAAGAGUGUUCUUACUAAUGUUAAGAAUAUGACCAGUGAAGUUUCUCGACUCCUGAAUACAGAUGCUGUCAUUUCUUUUCUUUCUGUAAUUCAGCCUCUAAUGACACUGUCAUCUGUUGGAAACCAGACAUACUCAAUGCUCAUGAUAAUAUCUGCUUUAAAUGAAAAUAGCAAUAUAUCUGAUAACUUUGAGAACUUCUGGUUUCCUCUAGUUACAAGCAUAGAAAAUUUAUUGGUGAAUUUUAGUGUUAAACAGUUACUUGUGGUGGUAGACCAAGGGUUUCAAUUACUAAAGUUAGCGACUGGACAGUCCUCUUCAGUGGCUCCUGAUGUUUUAAUACAGUGGUUUAAGACAUCAUCUGUAGAUGCUAUAUUAAGAAAUUUUGAAGAUAUGCAAGGCAUUGUGAAGAGCUUUCUAUGCGAGUGUAACAAUAAAAAUUAUACUAAAAUAAUACAUGCUCUAAUUCUCCUUAUGACUAAUGAAAGUUCAUCAAAUGACCUACUGCUGGCUGUCAAAGACAUUAUUCACUUUCUGGAACUUUUCCAAAAUAAGUCUAAGGAAGACUACACUGGUACGUUGUUUGGUGACGGUCAUCUCAGUGGAGAAAAACUGAAUCAUAGUCACUCUGCUACUUCAGUUUUGCUAAACGGUCUCCUUCAUAUGAUUGCUGAUCUUGCUGGUAUAAAAGAAGAAGCCUCGCAUACAAACAAUACUGAGCUUCAGAUAGUUGACUUCAUUGACUCAUUUUUUUAUAACGCACAAUAUGGAGAAGCUUCUACUCACUCCCAAAACAGAACUCUGGAGAUCAUGCAAGAGAUUUUGCAAGUGAUAUUUCAGUCUACUGCAGAGCAUGACAGGAACAAAAUAAGACUAUUACUAAAGGAUUUGCAUAAGGAUUUAAUGGCAGAAAUGAGAGCAUCUAAAAUCUGCAAGAUUCUUCAGGAACAUUUAUACCCUGAUAGUGUUCUACUAUUGCAGAAAUUGCAGUUUACCAUUUUGAGUAUUCUCAAAAUCUUUUCAGAAGAACCAGUUGUCUUUGGCAACAUUUUCUGUGUCAUUACAAAGUGUAAAGAUGGAUUACCAAGUCACUUGCUCCCUGCUAUCAUUGAAGGGAUCACUGUGGUUCAAGAUCAUUAUCAGGAUGUUGAAAGAUUGUGGCCUACUGUCAACAAGGGGGAUUGCAAGAGUAUGGCAUAUAUAAACCAAAAACUUUCCCAUACUUUGGAGACCUUCCAGGAAGCCUUGCAGAAUACCAGAAAUGACAGCUGUGAAUGUCAGCUAGUUUUGGGGAACAUACAGAGACAACUGCAAAUGACAAUAACUGUUUCUUCUUCAAAAUUCAAAGAUGUGAAAGUCAAAGAGUAUGUGCAGAAUCUUACUCAGCUGAGGCUUGACAUUGGUUCUUCUGUCAAUAUUUCAGAAGAAACUGUCAAUACCAUCUUGGAAGCCAGUGUCUCUCAUUCAAAGGUUUUUUAUAGUGCCUUUGUGGUAGCUUUAACUGGAAGAUGUGAUGAAGAAGUACUUAGCCUGCUGCUAAAGCUGCCUGAAAACAGUAAAACUUCCCUGGUAGUGGAAGAAUUAUGUUCCUUACCAGCACUGGACUUGUAUACCAUGUUUGUACUGAUUAUACAGAAUUUAAACUUACGUCACAUCAUUUACAAGAUCCAGAUACCACCUGAGAUAGGCAGUGUGCUAAAUAUGCUACUGGAUGUGGUUUCUAGUAUCAGCUCACUUCUUGAUAAAGUCCACCAUGUCAUGAAAAAGCUUCCAGUGUUCCUCCAAGGAAUUAAAAAUAUUGGUGUACUUGACAUCUCUGCAUUGCAGCAGUUUUUGCAAGGUGGGCAGUUCAGAAGUUCAGCUGUUGGAUCCCUGGAGUCUGUAAUCAAGGCAGUGUGUAAAGAAGAAUCUCCAUUUUUCAGCAAUGCAAACCUGUUCAUUGACAUGCCCAGAGACAUGGGACUCUUGGAAGACAAUAUGGCAAAAUAUGGCAUUCCUGAAGAUUCAACUCCUUUUUGCUUGAAGCUUUAUCAAGAGAUUUUGCAGUCUCCUAAUGGGGCUUUGCUAUGGACUUUCCUGAAACCUUUGUUACAUGGCAAGUUACUAUACAAUUCAAAUAUCAACAUGAUUGACCUGGUGAUAGAGAAGGCUAAUUUCACUUUUGGUUUUGUGGAACACUUGAAGACUUAUUCUGAGACAUGGCUUAGGAUGUCUGAGAUUUUUAAAACCAGUGGAAAUGUCCUCACAGUCUCACGACUGCAGGAAGCAUUGCAAAGCAAUUUCAUAAAGCACUUCAUAGAAAGUAAUUUGGAUAUUGACAUGGAAAAACUGCUAAAAAAAAUGCAAACAUAUGAAACCAUGAUGAACAAGAUGCUUAACAGCUCAGCAAGUAAACAGAUUGACCUGUUGUCACAGCUUGUAGUAAAUAUCUCUUCCUGUGUGUUACUGGACCGUUUCCAGCCUUUUGACUCUGUGGAAAAAUUGCAGGAGAAGGCUCAUGAACUCAUGCAGCAAAAUAAUCUUUUGGCUAGUAUCAUCUUCGAUACACCGAAGAACAAGAGGCAAGAUUCUAGUAAUGGCCUUCCAAGACACAUUUCAUAUACAAUUAGAACCAGUGUUCUCUAUAGCAUGAGAACAGAUUUGAUUAAAAACCCAACAUGGAAGUCCCAUCCCCAGAAGUUACCAGCUGAUGGGUUUAAGUACAACCAUGUCUUUAUUCCUCUUCAAGACAUGAUUGAAAGGGCAAUUAUUUCAGCACAGACUGGGAUAGAUACCUCAGAGACAGCCAUUCAGGUGCAAGCCAUGCCUUACCCUUGUCAUACCAGUGAUCUAUUCUUGAACAAUAUAGGGUUUUUCUUCCCACUUAUGAUGAUGCUAACAUGGAUGGUUUCAGUUGCUGGUAUGGUUCGCAAGUUGGUUUAUGAAAGAGAAAUUCAUCUUGAAGAGUAUAUGAAGACAAUGGGUGUACAUCCAGCCAUUCAUUUCUUUGCUUGGUUUCUUGAGAAUGUCAUUGUACUCACAAUAAGCAGCUGUGCUCUGGCCAUCAUUUUAAAAGCAAGUGGUAUCUUUGCUUAUAGCAAUGGCUUCCUCAUCUUCCUUUUUCUCCUGGAAUUUGGAGUCACAGUUAUUAUGCUAAGCUAUUUCUUGGGAGUGUUUUUUAGCAGUGCCGAUACAGCAGCUCUGUGUGCCAGCCUUGUCUAUAUGAUCAGUUUUUUACCCUACAUAGUUUUGUUGGUCUUGCAGAACCAACUGAGUUUCAUCAUCAAGAUUAUAAUGUGUCUUCUUUCUACAACUGCCUUUGGGCAAGGAAUAUUUUUCAUUACACACUUUGAGGGCCAAGAAAUAGGAAUUCAGUGGAAUAAUGUGCACCAGUCAAUGGCACAAGGAGGAUACAUGACCUUUGGAUGGAUGUGCUGGAUGAUGUUCUUUGACUCCAUCUUGUAUUCUAUAGGUGGCUGGUAUUUCAGCAAUAUUAUUCCUGGAAAAUUUGGAUCAAAACACCGAUGGUACUUUCCCUUUACUGUUUCCUACUGGAAGAACCUGUGUGGUGCAGAGAGGAGGAAGAGACAUUAUCUGAAUUCUAAUAUGUUUUUCUUCAAUGAAAACUUCCAAGAAAAAGAACCAGCACCUCAAAAUUGGAAAGGCCCUUGCACUGAAGGAGCCACCAUUGGUGUUGUGCUGCUGUCUCUCACCAAAGAGCACAUGGAUGGCCAGAAGGCGGCUGUUAAAGAUCUCAGCCUCACUUUCCACAGAGGGCAGAUAACAGCGCUCUUGGGACCUAAUGGAGCUGGCAAGACAACAGUUAUAUCACUGUUAACCGGUCUGUAUCCACCGAGCUCUGGUACCAUUAUGAUUGAUGGAAAGGACAUACGUACUGAUUUGGCUGCCAUCAGGACAGAGCUGGGUGUUUGCCCACAGUAUGAUGUGCUGUUUAACACACUUACGGUGCGAGAGCAUCUACUGCUUUACGGAUCAGUGAAGGCACCCGGAUGGACGAAAGAACAGUUGAAUGAGCAAGUCAGUGGAGCUCUGGAAGAUGUGAAUUUAUCCCAACAUCAGUACAAACCUGUUGGAGCUCUUUCUGGGGGAAUGAAAAGGAGACUGUCAAUUGCCAUCUCCUUUAUUGGAAACUCAAAGACAGUUGUUCUAGAUGAGCCCACCAGUGGAGUAGAUCCAUGUUCUCGCCGUGGUAUCUGGGAUGUUCUUCUGAAGUACAAAGCUGGUUGCACACUGAUCUUUACCACUCACCACCUCGAUGAGGCAGAGGUGCUCAGUGAUCACAUUGCCAUUCUGCAGCGUGGCCAGCUGAGGUGCUGUGGUUCUCCCUCUUAUCUUAGAGAAACAUACGGCCAGGGACACAGUCUAACGCUCAUAAAAAAGCCCUCUAUGUUUGAAAUCCAGGAUCCUAAGCAUAUUGUUCGGGUCACAUCUCUGGUACAGACUCAUAUUCCAGAAGCCUUCUUGAAAGAGAACAGUGGGACUGAGCUGACCUAUGUGAUUCCAGAAAGGGCAGAUAAGGCCUCUUUUAAAGGUCUUUUUCAAGCUUUAGAUCAAAGCCUUCAGCAUCUACAUGUGACUGGCUAUGGCAUUUCUGACACAACUUUGGAAGAGGUGUUUCUGAAGCUUCUGCAAGACUCAGAGAAGAUGCCCUGCAUUCCACAGGCAGCACACCAGGACCAUAAAAAUUGUAUUGAAUCAGUCUAUAUCUCACUUACAAGGGCUGCAAGUGUGUGUGGAGCCCAUCUUGUUCUCCCACAGAGUGUUGCUCUUCUGAUGAAGAGGUUUCACCACAUUAGGCGUGACUGGAGAGGAAGCCUCUCAAAUGUGCUGCUGCCUGUCCUCUUUGUUGCACUGGCAAUGGCCUUGUUUAGUGUGAAGCCACUGGCUAUUGAUUAUCCUUCUCUCAAGAUGACACCAAACCUUUAUGACAAUGCAGAAUCCUUCUUUAGCACUGAAGAUGAUAACUUAGAAAACCUUUCUCAAGUUCUACUGGGUUAUUUCUCUGAUUGGAACCACACGUGCAUGCAUUCACAACAACGAAAAAAUAAUUCAUGUUGGCAGAUGGAAAAUAUGCCACCCCAGGACUCAUGUGGAUGUGUAGCUGGACAGGAGAUGUGCCCAAGUUUCAAUACCUCUGCUCCUUAUGUAAAGAGCAAGAAAGGACAUAUUUUAUAUAAUCUUUCAGGGUUCCUUGUGGAGGAGUAUUUAGUGAGGCCUUCCAACAAAACAAGAUAUGGUGGUUGGUCUUUUGGAGGGAGGAAAGCACUUGAACUUCAAGAUACGAAACUGAAUAAAACCAAAUCUCAGCCUCUGGCUAAGGUGUGGUAUAACCAAAAAGGUUUCCAUUUGCUGCCAUCCUACUUAAAUGAACUAAAUAACUUCAUUCUGUGGAUGAAUUUACCUCCUAGUGUGGAUUGGAGAGAGUAUGGGAUAACUCUCUACAGCCAACCAUAUGGAGGAGCCUUGCUGGAUGAGGACAAAAUAAUGGAGAAUGUUCGUCAGUGUGGGGUAGCACUGUGUAUUAUGCUGGGGUUUUCUAUCCUCACUGCAUCCAUUGGAAGUACCAUAGUGAAAGACAGAGUAUCUGGCACUAAACGCUUGCAGCACAUCACAGGCCUGGGUUACAAAACUUAUUGGCUUGCUAACUUCUGCUGUGAUAUGCUAUUUUACAUGGUUCCAGUCACCCUGUGUAUUGGUGUUAUUAGUGCCUUCCAGCUAUCAGCCUUCACUUUCCGGAAGAACUUGGUGGCCACUGUUCUCCUGCUGAUACUCUUUGGAUAUGCAACUUUACCAUGGAUGUAUCUUGUAUCCAGAUUCUUCUCAAGUUCAGAUGUAGCUUUUAUUUCUUAUGUCUCCUUAAAUUUUGUGUUUGGCCUGUGUACCAUGCUGGUGACUCUCUUACCUCGUCUGUUAGCUAUAAUUUCCAAAGUGCAGAGUUUUCAGAACAUCUACAAUAUCCUCAGAUGGGCAUUCAUCAUAUUCCCACAAUUCUGCUUAGGCCAAGGCUUAAUAGAGCUUUCGUACAAUCAGAUCAAGUUUGACCUUACCAGUAACUUUGGAAUAGAUUCAUAUGUGAGCCCGUUUGAGAUGGAUUUCCUGGGCUGGAUUUUUGUGGAAAUGGCUCUUCAGGGAACAUUGCUACUUCUUUUACGUCUUUUCCUUCAUUGGGAUCUCCUCCAGAAGCAAAGGGGUCAUUGUUCAAUUAACAACAUAGUCAGCCCAUCAGAAGAUGUUGAUGUAGAAAUGGAGCGACAGCGACUCUUUGGUGGAAAAACUGGUAAUGAUGUGCUACUUCUGUACAACCUCAGGAAAUGUUAUGGAGGUUUCAGUAAAAAGAACACAGCUGUGGAAAACAUAAGCUUGGGAAUACCAAAGGGAGAGUGUUUUGGACUCCUGGGAACAAAUGGAGCUGGAAAAAGCACAACAUUUAAGAUGCUGACUGGAGAUAUCAUCCCAUCUGCAGGACGUGCUGUUAUUCGGACUCCUACUGGGUCUGAAAUGGAUAUACUGUCUGCUAGCUCUGAGGGCAUUCUCAUUGGCUAUUGUCCACAGCAAGAUGCCCUGGAUGAACUUCUAACGGGUUGGGAGCAUCUUUAUUAUUACUGCACACUGCGUGGAAUUCCAAAGCAGCAUAUCCCACAGGUUGCAGAGGACCUUGUUAACCGGUUACACCUCAAUGCCCAUGCAGACAAACUGGUGAGAACAUACAGUGCUGGCACAAAGAGGAAGCUCUCUACUGCUGUGGCUUUAGUUGGUAAACCCCAAAUACUUUUACUGGAUGAGCCCAGCUCUGGGAUGGAUCCCUGCUCUAAACGCCACCUUUGGAAAACCAUCCUGAAGGAAGUUCAGGAUGGCUGUGCAGCUGUGCUGACAUCUCACAGUAUGGAAGAAUGUGAAGCUCUCUGCACACGGCUUGCUAUUAUGGUCAAUGGAAGUUUUAAGUGUCUUGGUUCUCCCCAGCAUAUUAAAAACAGGUUUGGAGACGGUUAUUCAGUCAAGGUUUGGCUUAGUAAAGAAACAAGCUAUCGAAGAAUUAUUUUGGACUGCCUACAACUGCACUUUCCUGGAACACAGUUUAAGGGACAACAUCUCAAUCUGCUUGAGUACCACGUACCACGAAGUCAGGGAUGUUUAGCAGAGCUCUUCAGAGUCCUAGAGAAUCACAAAGGUUUUCUCCAAAUCAAACACUAUUCCAUUAGCCAAACCACAUUAGAGCAGGUAUUCAUUAAUUUUGCUACACAGCAGCAAGGAGUCUCACAUUCUUCACCAGGAUCUCCUGUUGAGCAUCAUGACCACCUUGCACUCUAGGCUCAGAAAAGGAUAAAGCUUCAGCAGCACAUAUAUGUGUGUGUAUGUUUGCGUGUACAUAUACACACAAGUUACAUGCAAUAAUUUUUCAACUGUGAACAAUUUGUGUAUGAGAAACAAAUAAUAGAAGCAGAGGUGAAUUUGCAUUUGAAGGCCAGAAGGAAUGGUACCAGUUCUUGGUUAAACAAGAAACUGGUUAUAUGCAGACCAAAAAUCUGCCAAAAGGUAAAAAUUAACUGGAAUUUUAAAAUAUAAAUGGCCUAAUUAAUGCAGAGGAAAAAAAUCAUCUGAAAUGUCAGUGCAUAGUAGAUUUUUUUUGUGGUGACUGCAUUGAUUUGGGUACAGUACUCUCUCGCAUGUACAUUUAAUAUCUAAUUUUUACAUGACAAGUCAAGAAAAAACCAUUGAAUGAUAGCAGUAGCUAGGCUG